AUGGACUGGAACACAGUUUAUAGUGAUUCACCAAGAUUAACUGCGGCCAAUUCCUUCUAUCAAAAUGUACGCCAUGGACGACUAAGAUACCUCAAGGCCCUUCUAGAUCGUGGUGUAAACGUUAAUUGUAAAAACGAUUUUGGGGAAAAUGUGCUUGUAGCUGCUUUACGAAUAGACAAUGAUGUGAAAAGACGUAAAGCAUUUAAGUACCUCAUCAAGAAAGGCGCUGACAUACAUUUCAAAGAUGAAAAGCAUGGACGAAGCGUGUUAUUAUGGGUUUGCUACUUUGGUCGUGAAAAUGAACUUUCAGUUCUGUUGAAGGAGGUCGGAUCAGAGCUCGACAUCCAAGAAAAAGACAACCAGGGAUCAACGUGUCUUCAUUAUGCUACCAGCAUGAAUAGUUCCACCAUGGUACUAGCUCUGGUGAAAAUGUUUAACCGCAUCAGGAUCUCGGUGGAUAUUGCUGAUGGCCAAGGAUUUACACCUUAUAUUCUAGCUCGUCGUCUUGGUCAUAGAGAUGUCGCCAACAUUCUUCUGAAGCAAGGAAAUGCCUCCCCUGCGCAAUUUGACUCAAAAAGGUUUCGAACAUGCAGGGAGUGGUCACAAUAUGGCAAAUGGGAACGUUACUCUGAGGUUAAAACACGUGAGAUGAAGGAGAUGGCAAUAAAUAAAGUGAGAGGCGAUUUCAAAACUGCUAGUGAAGAGUUUCCAAGUUCACGAUCUACUUCCGACAGCGACCAAGCAGCUUCUGAACCGGAGAAAAUAGAACUACCAAGUUUAAACAUACAGAAACUAUCAUCAGCCCAGCAGUCAGUAACACCAGAAGAUAAUGUUGAUGGAUUUAAAAGAUUAAGAACCGGGAGCAUAACAGCUAUGUCAUUACUGGACAUGACGUCACUUGAUCGAGGACAUUUAGUCCGCAACUUUCAACGUAGUGAAUUUGAUACCACCAAGAGUGCGGACUACAACAAAGAUAUAUAUGGAAAUCUUAGCUCCAUUAUGCAAAUUCUAUCACAGCAAAACUCUACCUCAUUCAGAAAAUCUGUCAAAGAAGCGCCUCCACCAGUUCAUAUUUUGGAGCAUAUAGAAUCGAAGCCAAAGGUGUCCAGUUUGGCUAUCAUUAUGGGAAAACGUAAGAAUGGCGUGAAAAGGAAACAACCGUCAAUCAGAAACAACAGCUCUCCGCAUAAACUGUAG